ACGGGUUGUUCCGAAGAACAAUUUCAACCUACAUGGCGGCCAAAAUGGCACAAGUACGAAGACUUAGUUCGGUGCUGAAUUUACGCCAUUUCGGACUGAAAUUAAUCCAAUAAAGUAUCGAACAUCCUUAUAUAGACCUUCUGUUCAACUUCAGAUCCGUUUCCACGGUUCAAGUCAUAACAAUUUACCAUCCAGCCAAUCGACCAAUAAUGAAAGAAUUCAAGUCGCUAACAGUUUGAGGAUUGUCAAAAGUAUGCUUCGGCAUAUAUGGCCAAAAGAACGCAAUGAUUUAAAAGUCAGAGUAAUGUUUGCUGUGUCCUUAUUAGUCGGUUCUAAGGUGUUAAAUGUGCAGGUUCCCUUCAUGUUUAAGUAUGCUGUGGAUCAUUUGAACAAUGCUACGCAAUUGACUGCGUCUGCUAUGACUUUGGUAACAGCUUUAUUGCUGGGAUACGGUGCUGCACGAGUUGGAUCUUCAUUAUUCAACGAGUUAAGAAAUGCUGUGUUUGCCAAAGUUGCUCAGAGUUCCAUAAGAACAAUAGCGAAAAGAACAUUUUAUCAUUUGCAUAAUCUUGAUUUAAAUUUCCACCUCUCACGACAAACAGGAGCUUUAUCAAGAGCCAUUGAUCGUGGGACAAGAGGUAUCAAUUUUAUGCUGACUGCUUUAGUGUUUAACAUUUUCCCAACAUUUCUUGAAGUGUCCUUAGUCUCCGGAAUUUUGGCAUAUCGCUGUGGCAAAGAGUUUGCGUUGAUAACUGUGGCAUGUAUAACAGCCUAUACAGUAUUUACUUCUGUCACACAAUGGAGGACAAAAUUUCGUUUGGACAUGAACAAAGCAGACAAUGAAGCUGGUUCUUUAGCAAUCGACUCACUUCUUAAUUUUGAAACCGUGAAGUAUUUCAACAAUGAGAAGCACGAGACAGUGAGAUACGACAAGUUUUUACAGAAAUACGAGAAAGCUUCGUUGAAGACGAGUACAAGUUUGUCCAUGUUAAAUUUUGGACAAAAUGCGAUUUUUACAAGUUCACUUGUUGCGGUUAUGUUGUGCGCAAGUCAAAAAAUUGCAUUGGGUACAAUGACCGUUGGUGAUUUGGUCAUGGUAAACGGACUCUUAUUUCAACUUUCAUUUCCUCUGAAUUUUCUUGGUUCUGUUUAUCGUGAAAUACGUCAAUCUCUUAUCGAUAUGCAAACUUUGUUUGACCUUCGCGAUGUUAAGUCACAAGUUAAGGAAAAAGAGAAUUCUUUUCCUCUGAUUCUCAAACCUGGCGAUCCAAAUGCGCAUGUGCGGUUUGAAGACGUUCACUUCAGUUACAUGGAAGGUCAGAAGAUCUUGGACGGCUUGAGUUUUGAUGUACAAUCUGGGAAAAAAUUAGCCAUUAUUGGCGCAAGUGGUUCUGGAAAGUCAACUAUCGUACGUCUUCUUUAUCGAUUCUUUGAUCCUUCUCAAGGAAAGAUAUUAAUAGCUGGUCAAGAUAUUCGUGACGUAACGUUAGACAGUUUACGAAGGUUCUUGGGUGUUGUACCACAGGACUCCGUGUUAUUUCACAACACCGCUUUCUACAACAUCAACUAUGGACGAAUGGAUGCAACCCCGGAAGAAGUUUACGAGGCUGCCCGACUUGCGGAUAUUCACGAACAAAUACGACGAUGGCCGAAAGGUUACGAUACGUCGGUCGGGGAACGAGGUCUAAAAUUAUCAGGAGGAGAAAAGCAACGCAUAGCUAUUGCUCGCGCUAUACUGAAACAACCACCUAUUUUACUGUAUGAUGAAGCGACAUCAUCACUUGAUUCCAUCACUGAAAUGAACAUACUGCAAUCGUUACAUCGCUUCACUAAAGAUAGGACCUCCAUUGUAAUUGCACAUCGUCUCUCUACGGUGCUGGACGCUGAUGAGAUUUUAGUGUUGGAACGCGGGCGCGUAAGGGAACGUGGAAGUCACAAGACUUUGCUAGAAAAUACUUCUGGUUUAUAUUCUUAUUUAUGGCAUAAACAGUCGCUGGGAUAUGCUGGGAUUGAGGAGGAUGCUACCUCGAAGACUUAAGUCGAUCAAGCCAAAGCCUUUUAUAGUUAUAUUGCCUGAAUUAAAGUGAAGGAAACUAUGAAAAAUAAUGUUUAUUUGAAGGUUUUAGGUAAAAGGCUGAUUUUAAUGAUAUAUAUUUUGUACUUUACGUCUUCGUCACCAUGUUGUAAAAAAACACCAAUAAGGCUGGUUAUACAGGAUGAAUGAUAGACACUGGUUGGUGUGUCACUCUCCCCUCCCCCAAUAAAUAAAUAUCAAAAGCAGGAAGCGUUACCAUGGAAAUUAAUAACGGUUCGAACUACUACAUUUUAUACAUUACAUUGAUGAACAUUGUAAAAUUGAUAUCUGUCAAAUUAUUCAGUAUUUUAUUUGUUCGCGUCCACAGAUCGUAAGUGAAAAUAAAAGUCGAAAAGAUUUUAAUAAAAAUUUUCGAAAUAUAUUUAACGCAAAAUCAUA